CCGCUAAGUGCGCGGACGCUCCCAGGACUGAGCGUCAAGAUGGCGGGGAGGGCUGCUACUGCCGCGCGUGGUGAGGAGGACGCCUUCCGCCGGCUCUUUCGCUUCUACAGGCGGUGGGAGGGCCCCGACGCGGCGGGGGUGAUUGACUUCUCGAGGCCAGCCUCGCAGCAGGUGGUAAGUAGUCGUCUGAAUAUUUCCUCAGUCACUGAACAGGAUGCUUGCAGAGCAGGACUGCGCCCAGUCAGUCAAUGGAAAGCCUAUGGUUUGGAUAGUUAUCCAGGGUUUAUAUUUAUCUCAGAUCCAUUCCUUCCAGGCCGCCAGCGUCACUGGGUAAGGCAGUGUUUGAAGCAGUACACUCAGAAACCCAAUGUAUGCAAUUUGGAUAUGCACAUGUCUUCUCAGGAAACUACUGAUUUGUGGGGAAAGAGCCGGCAUCAGCUGCAAAACAAAAGUUCCAGCAAACGGCAACCAAAAAGUUUACUUGAGAAGCUCCGUUGGGUGACUUUGGGUUAUCAUUAUAACUGGAAUACGAAGAAAUAUUCAGCUGAUCAUUACACCCCCUUUCCAUCUGACCUGGCCUUUCUCUCGGAGCAAGUAGCUAAAGCUUGUGGUUUUCCAGGCUUCCAGGCAGAAGCUGGGAUCCUGAACUACUAUCAUUUUGACUCAUCUCUAGGAAUUCAUGUGGAUGAAUCUGAGCUGGACCAUUCUCAGCCCCUCUUAUCAUUCAGUUUUGGACAGUCAUCCAUAUUUCUGUUGGGAGGCCAGAAACGAGAUCAAGCCCCUGUGGCCAUGUUCAUGCAUAGCGGGGAUGUGAUGAUCAUGUCUGGCUUCAGCCGUCUGCUGUACCAUGCAGUUCCCAGGGUUCUGCCCAACAUGGAGGGGAAGCCAUUGCCUUCCUGCAUGGAGCAGCCUCUGCCUGCUGACCUUCCUGCAAAUUCAGUUCUCCAGCCCUGCUCUGCGGAGGACUGGGAAGUAUGUGCCAAAUACCUGGAAACAUCCCGUAUUAACAUGACUGUCAGGCAAGUGCUUGCUGAUGGUCAUACAUUUCCAGCUGAAAACAGGACAGAAGGAGAACUACAUGCUUUUUCUGUAGGACCUUACCAUGAAGAGCAUAGUGAAAUCAAAAGGCACAAGUGUGACACUGAAAGUUGAGAUCUACACUUCAUGUCUUUCUUCCUUCAGCAUAAUUCUUCCAACUCUUAAGAUUUCAUGAGCUGUAUAGAGAACCAGCAAGUAACAGAAGUGAUAGGUGACAAACCAAAUUGAUCACUAACUCUGAUGCUAAGUACCCAUAUAUACUUGAGUAUAAGCUGACCCAAAUAUAAGCUGAGGCACCUAAUUUUUCCACAAAAAUCUGGGAAAACCUAUUGACUCAAAUAUAAGACGAGGGUGGGAAAUGCAGCAGCUACUGGUAAAUUUCAAAAAUAAGAAUCGGUACCAAUAAUAUUACAUUAAUUUGAGACAUCAAUGGGGUAAGUGUUUUUGAAUAUUUACAUAAAACUGUAAUUUAAGGUAAGAGUGUCCCACUCUGAUUACCUAUAUAUUCAAGUAUAAGCCAACCCAAAUAUAAACUGGCCAGGACCUUCAUUCGAGUAAAAGCCGAGGGGGGCUUUUUCAGCCUUAAAAAGGGGCUGAAAAACUUGGCUUAUACUCAAGUACAUGCAGUAGAUAUAAUAAGCAAUAUGAAGGUUAUGUCUAAAGUACUGGCUCGAGCAAUUAUGUUCUGUAUUGUUUCUGGUCUUUAUGAGGUAAUACAGCAAAUCGGGGUUACUCUGCUAUUUUAUUUAACACUAAUGCAAAAACCUACCCUGGCCUUCAUCUGUCUUCUUACUCACUUUAAGGUAUCUACAAAAGAGGCACUAGCUAAAGGUACAGAUGGUAAAAUACAAAUUUUGUAACAAAAAUGUGGUUGGAAAACAGUAACUUGAUAUUGCUUGAUGAUAACUGGAUAGGAGACCAGCUAGGGACUACAGACAAAAUGUUAAAUAAUAAGCAAGAUUUUUAAAUGGAAUUAACCUUUAAAGACACUUCGUUUGCAGCAGCUUCAAGUACAUUCCUCUGUGAAGACAGCAAGUUACCUGAGAACCGUUCUCCUGAAGUGCUACUGUGUCAUCUAAAUUCAUGCUGUAUGCCUUACAAUAUGUUUAUCGCCUUCUGGCUGAUGCUGAAGGUUCAUUUCGUGGGAUAUGCUCUUUUAUUUAAAUCAGCCUCUCCCUUCUUGGAGCAAAAUAAUUAGCAAUUGUCUAGUGAUUUUUCUAUUCAGUAUGUCCUUUUCUUCCCCUUCUCUCUGAAUACUAAAACUGCCCUGUUCCAUCAGGAUCAGGCUGUUGGCUUCCUACAUAAUGCAAUCUUUGCAGCCUGCCUCCUUUAGGAGCAGACAAGAGAGAAUGACUUUACAAACAGGAACAAUGAAGUUGUAGAUGAAGCACCCAGAAAGAAAAUUAAUCAGCGACUAUCUCUAUUGCCCAAAAGGUAAAUAUAUUGAAACAAAUAAGGACAACACGGUCUUCUGUGCCCAUCUGUUUUAGGAUCCUGACUUCCCUAUCUGCUUUUUAAUGCAAUUUUAAUUGCCAGAGUGCGGCACUCUGUCCCAGGAGUGUUUUGUCGCACUUUUCCCAUGAAUAAGCUUACUCUGUUUUAAAUUAAAGAUCUAUAUCUGUCUUGGAGAGCUGAUUUCCCCCAUCCUCCAGCUUAGUUAUUCUGCAGUAUUGUUCAUACUGCUUUGAGCAACUCUCUCACCUUUUCCUUCAGGCUGUGUUUAGCUCUGCUGGUCUUGAUAGCCUAAAGCAGAAUAAAAGAGAAUAUGUUCAUUUCUGGUUAAACUGAGAAGAUUUUUUUUUAUAGUAUUCAGCAUCAUUGUGAAGCUCGGGCAUAGUAUGAAUUUAGUACCAUGUUCUCUUUUUUCCUUUCACCCGGUCUCAAUCUCUCACUGUUUAAUAGAAUUUUCACUAGAAAUGGUACCUAUUUCUAGAGUUUGGACUUGUAUAAUAUUAACUUAAUAGUUUAUUUAUAUCAGCAGAUCUUAGAAUGAAAUACAGUCAGAAUUCAGUUGAAAAUCUACAAUAUUCAAAUACUUUAAAACAAUUUAACAACUCAAACAACAAAGCUCUCAGAUUGAUAGAAUGAAAACUAAACGUUGAUUCCCCACAUCUUCAGAUAACAUACUGCUCCAAGUGAUGAACACAGUGUAGGGUCCCUAGCAGUUCUUAAGAAUCGUACAGAUAUCAAUAUAUAGGAAGACAUGGUUCCUCAAAUGCAAAAGACCCUGAGUUACUUAAGGGUUUGAAAGUGAUCAGCAGCCUGAACCUUCCUUGACUAAAAUAUUUAUGGCAGUUCAUGUAAUUCCCUUAAAACCAGUACCAUAAUUCUUAUCAAGUGUUCUUGCCUGCAAUUUAGCAGCAGCAUUUUUAUAACAACUGUGCAGCCUUCAAUAGCAGCCUUACAUUGAUCACAUUGCAGUAACUUAAAAUGAGAAGCUGCCAGAGCAUAAAGUAAUGUGGCCAGACUGUUCCUCCCAGGAAUGGUAGUAGCUGGAACCAUAGAGUGGCAGGUGAAGCUGCCCAGAUGCUUGGAGCCACCAAGUCUUUUUUGGACCACAAAUGACAGUAAAUCCAAGAUUGCCCCCAAGCUAUACACCUGUUCCAUCCAACUCCAUCUAAAAUCACACCAUACUUGAACCUGGAAACCUAUAAACUACAGAUUUUGAUCCAUUACAAUGUCCAUACAUCAGCACAUCCUAGUCAGUCUCCCAACAGCAAGCAGAAGUAGAACUGGAUAUCCUCAACACAGACAUGGCAUCAAGCUCUGGAAAACUUGCCGAUUAGAAAUGGCAUGCUUGAUACUUCUAUUUGAAUAUUUAAGGCAUGUUCUUAUACAUGAUUUUGGACAGUAAGCUUUGGACUACAUCCAGUUUUGUUUUAGUGAACUCUCACUUCCACAAUAUCACUUCCCUCAUCUGUUCCCAAGAGUCUCCCAUGAGGGCUUCAUAGCAGAAAGAGGAAACAUCCCCUCUUGUUGAUGGAAGUCUUCUGUCAAUGGGAUGAAACAUCUUCACCCUUCAACAUUUUUGUAUCCAUACCCUCAAAAAUUCUCACAGCCAUUCUUUCUGUUGGGCCACCUCCUAAUAGAGAUCUAUAUUGUUAGAUGCAAUAAGUGAAAAAGCUAUGGAAGUAAAAACCCCUUCCCCUCUCCUUACCUUUCAUUGGAAUACGCACAGAAAUCUUAUCUAUCAAUGAUAAGUCCAUUCUAUUCUAGUUUUUCCAGGUAUUCCAGAUGCCCAGAGGUUUUGCUAGUAUUUGGUGUAUCGGGAAAAUCUUCACUGCACAUAAAGAUUGUUGAGACCUGAAGUGUCUAGUCACUUUUUGUAAACUCUUACUAGGUGGUGGUUAAAUCAAUUAUAUUUGGAAGACCCUUAACUUUGCACCAUACUAUUUUCCUAUGGUAUCCACUGACUGUAAAGCAUUUUGAAAUGAAAUCUGAAUAACCUGAGAACAAAAUGAAUUAAUGUCCUCUGCCCUCUAUCCAACAAGAAGCAAUCUGUAAUUGAAGAAGAUGAGGCCUAUGAAUUGGAUUAGGACAAACCUGUCAGUUCUACGUGGAAACCAAAAAUUACUAUUUUAGCAACAAUCCUUAUUUCAUAUUUCCAAACCCAAACACUAGUAAUAAAUCAAGAUCACUCAUUCUUUGGGCAAACAAAUAGGAUUAUUCAGACUUAAAGGAACUCUAGAGUCCCCUACUUUACAUUUCCUCUGACACCCCCAUAUGGUACCUAUGGUGGUGGGAAGAACUCAUUUCUUAUAGACACAUUACCCAAUGUGACAUCACUGUUCUUCAUUCUAUAGUUGAAGAGGAGAUAAGAGGCUUUUAAAAAUAAUUGGCAGGAAAAUCCAGUUGAUUAGGGUAGAAGGAAACGAAUAGUAUCAUUUGCUGUGGCAAAUUACAGCCAUAUACACAGAAAAGUUAAGGGAUGAGUAUUGGAGAUGGCUAUUGAUUUUUAAAUGAUAGAAGACCUACAAAAGGAGAAGAGGAUCUAGAAACAAAGCACAUGUUUCUUGUCUAUACAUGGUUAGCGCAGUAUAAGGAGAAUUAAAAUGGAGUUUGCAAAAAAAAUAAUCCUGACUUUCAAAGGGCAAGAGAAAAUUGUGAAGUAUUUUCACCCUUAACUGUUGGUGCUUAAGCUUUCAGCUAUUUCAUGAACGCUUGGGGUCAUUGGUAUUUGAUUUUGAAACUAGAUUAAUUGAAGCUAAAUGAAAUUUAGUUUUAAUUAACUGUGUUUGCGGAUAGGGUGCAAGUAAUGUUAAAUUAUAAUAGUAUAAAAGUCUAAGUGAACUAUAGAAUGAAAAAUAAUUAAAAAACAAACACAAAAAGACAAAUAAAAAAUCAUGCUACACCAUCAAUGUACCUACACUGUAGAAUUAAUACACCUUAGCGCCACUUUCAUUGCAAUGCUCAAUGCAGUUGAGUCCUGGAAACUGUAAUUUUACAAGGUCUUUAGCCUUCACUCCCAGAAAGUGCUUGUGUUUCAUUAAACUAGAACUGCCAUGAUUACACGGCAUUUAGGCAUGGCAGGUAAAAUUGUGUCAAACUGCAUUAAUUCUAGGGUGCAGAUGCACCUUCAUAUAGGCCCUUUUAUCACCAGCCCCUCAAAACAUAAGUGUUUAUUUACUGACAGAAGCAGAACAAAGGAAGAGUCAACUAGUCACCACAGGAAGGAAAUUCCAGAGCUUGAAGGCAUCCCCACAAAAAGCAUCUCCUAAGUCUGCCGAAAGAAGGGUUACACCAGAAGAUCUCAGCUAAGACAGAGUUGUAUAGGAAAAUGUGGUUCUUUAGCUAAAAGGGUAUGAUGUAUCCAAAGUUAACACUUAUUCAAAUCCUUAAUUGUGAUCUUGAACAGCAAGCCCAUAAGAUAGAAGACUUACAAAUCCCUUAAGAUUGGGUCAAGAGGUCUGCUUCAGAUGGGAAUAGAUCUGUUAAAGCACUAUGGAAUGUAAAGAUUAAUAAUUUAAGAUUAUUGCCUGCUAGGCAUAAGGAAGGAGAUUCAUAUUGGGUGGGGGGGGGGGGGUGGAGGUGUGGAGUUCUGUUGCAACAAGGUCCUAGGCAUUAAAAGUGUAUUACCGUAACUAGGUUAGGUUUUUGUGAAUAAUAAUUUCAUGGGAAAAAUGCCAUUUAACAUUCAUUUGAAUAAUUGCUUAUGGAACUUGAUACUUAAAAUGUUGUGCUAUAUUUUUCUUCAAGUAAAAACAUUAGCAAGA